GGGUGGAGUUUGUAGACAGACAGAGAGAAGAGAGCAGCGGUCUGUCAGCAUGAUCCAUUUUCUCAUCAAUAACUCUUAUGAUCCUGAACACCAUGAGAAAGCGUUCCUGGAUUACUCCAAUGAGACCACACCAUUCUGCAGUCAGUUCGGGGAUGGUAGGUGGUACUGCUCUGUCCUGCUGGUCUUAUUUGUCGUUGGUCUACCAGUGGGGUUGUUGGGUAACAUGGCGGCCAUUGUGAACUUCACGUGCUGUCGACGGCGUUGGAACACAGGGACGGUGUUCCUGCUAAACUUGGCGUUGUGUGACAUCGCCUGGCUCCUUUUGCUGCCAUUUACUGUUUAUUUCACCCUCCGUCAGCCACAUAUAAAAGGCAUGAACAUCUUCUGCCAGUUCAAGAAGAUCUUCUUCAACAUCAAUGUGUAUGGUAGCAUCUUCUUCCUGGUUCUGAUAAGUUUUGAUCGUUACACUGGCACGGUCCACCCGAUCAGCUCCCUGCACUGGUGGGAUGGUAAAAAAGCCUGCCUCUGCUCCAUUUUAACCUGGAUUAUCCUCAUUUUGGGUUCCAUUCCUGAUUUAUUCAUGACUUUUGACGUGAGCCGCCCUGGCAACACGACAGUCUGCAUGGACCACAUCCACGGCCCAUUCUCUUAUGUGACGACCAUCUCGCUAAUGCGGGCGCUGGUGGGUUUCCUGCUGCCAUUUGUAGUCAUGGGUGCCUUUUACACCCAGAUGGCAAAAGUGUUGAGGAGCAUGCCAGGAAGGAAGGCCUCCAGAAUGCAGAUUUUGGCUCCCCGCAGAAAUGGGAAACCUCUCGUUCUCAUCACAGCGGCUUUAGUGGUUUUCUUGUUGUCUUAUGCCCCCUAUCACAUCAUGAUUGUGACUUUAGUGUUCAUGCGAUUCAUCGGCAUGGUGACCACCGAAAACAUGAACACACUCUACAUAGCCUAUGAGUUCCUGGAGGCCUUGUGCAGUGUCAGCAGCUGUCUGGACCCCGUGCUCUAUAUUCUUGCCAGCCAGCACUUCCAGCAGAGAUGGAGGAGGCAGAAGAUGGCCAUGGCACGCCUGUGCUGCAGGGACACCAGGAGGGUGGGUGUUCAGGAGCCACCGUGAGAGGGAAAGAGGUCUUGCAGGGAAAUUACUCUGGCAGGAAUCUUUUAACAGGGGUGAUUUUGGGCCUUGUGUCAGGGUAGCAUUGCCCGCUUUAUUCAUGUGCUGCCUAUCUGUGCAAAAAUAAAUAUCUAUCGACAUUCAAAUAAUACAACAGAAUUCAACAAAAAAAUGCCAAAAAAAUGUUAAUCCACUAGUUGACCCAAAAUGAUUUAGGAAAUACUAUCUGAAAUCUCCCAGCAUAAUCAUUAAGGUCUACAAAGCCUACAUAUGUCUAAAUAUCCUGAUUAAGCCUACUAGCUUCUAGUUUCUGGACUUAAGAUACGCUCCUUGCUCAGGGGUCCAAAAGUGGCAGUAAAUUCGAGUACCCCAACCUUCCCACUAGUCGUCCAGAGUCAUAGCUACUGAGCCACUACUGUCCUUUUCAAAAUUCCAUUCUAGUAACAGAUUUGUUCAACCAGUUUUGAUGACAUCUGCUGAUUGUUUUGAAUAUUGGCAAAUAAUUAUUUCUGAAAAAUACAGCACCUCUGGAUCCAGAGAAAGGUUAUUUGACAGGUUUUUACAGAUUUUUUACUUGUGUAAAGCACAUACUUCACUAAUCAAGACUGGAAUGCAUGGAAAAUGGAUUAUGACUCUAUAUUCUAAACGAAUAAAGAAAUAAAAUACUGAAAACCGAAGAGCAAAAGCCUUCCCAUUUCUCGUGAGCCUGAGUCUCACGAUGGCUCUGACACGCAAUGGCUUUCGGAGGCUCAUUGGAAAUUUGUGGAAUUUCAUUCGUCAUAGUCACAUUUUUAAGAGAGAACUAGGAAUGAUAGAAGGAAGGAAGGAAGUAAAGUAAGUAAGGAGAAACCCAUAUAUAAAUUUAACCUGUGGGAGAACCAUCAUCUUCAGAGUCACCAACGGUAGGAUUCAUGCGUUUCAGAGUAAGUUCUCAGUGUCAUAAAGUCAUUACAAUGAGUAAUGUUAGACGUGUGUAAUAAAGUUUAUCAUAGUGCCUGCUAGCCCCUUUGUGAUUUUGCAAUUGAACCAAUUGCAGCCAAAGACUACAUAAUUAUACUGUAUGUUAAUUGUAUUUGUUAUUAUAACACUGGCUUUUCAAAUCUAAUAUUGCAGAAAGUUGCCUUCUGACCAAUCAGUAAAUUCCAGAGUUUGUAUAGCUUUUAUAAACUGAAAUUCAAGCCAUUCUUGUGGCCAUUUUGAUCAUUUAUUCGGUAAAUGUUUCUGUAAAACGUAUUUUAAAGAAAAAGCAGAAACGUGUACUUUCUAACUGGAGGUCGUUCAACUUUACUAUUACGAAUAAUACGAUAUAAUAAUACGAAUAACCUUCCCUCCUUGACACGUUGUAAUUUGCAUUAUUAUAUUUCAAUCCUCAAAAGUGUUACAAGCCUUUCUUGACUUUUUGGCACAUUAUAAAUGUCAAGUCAUUCUUUGUGUGUUCCUCUUGGGGGCUUCCUGGCUGUGCAGGGUUAACCGAACCCUAGUCCUAACUACUUGUGCCCAGCUCCCCAUGGACUCAGCCAGAGAGAGUCCAUUAAUCAUGUUGUAAAAGGGCUGUGGCUUAAUAAUGCCAUGACUGACCCUUGGGAGAUGAUAAGUGCAGAAACACUGGUCACAUCAAUUAAUCAGGGAUGGGUAUACCGCUGUCUAGUCUCCGUUAGAGGAUACUGCUAUUAAAGAACACACCAAAAGUAGACUACAGGUGUUAAAUAUGUGCAUAUUUUAUCUGCGGUAUGUGUUUUUUAAAUCAGUGUGCACAAAAGGCAGCAGAAAUCCUCCUUACUGAAACCAGUAGGCUUAUUUUAUUUGCUAGCUUUUCUCUUCGGACAUAGGAAACACCUGUUCUUUCCACAUGUCUAACAAAGCAGAAGGCUAUUUAAUGUUUACUCUCUGAAUAAACAGCCUAUUUCAACACCUCUGAAUAUCAUUUCUUUAGCUACGGGUACCUGGUCAAUGAUGUCAUCUGAAAUAAACGAUGCAAGCUCAGCCAUUUCUCAAGGCUUUAAAUACUACUGACAAGAAUAAACACUGUGCUCACACAAUUCCGGGUUCAAGCCUAAUCAGAAAAUGUUGGGAAAUGAAAUUAGCAGCCAUUCUGAGUGGUGAAUUAAGCAGUGAGAACACAGCAGGUGUGCAAACACACCACACAGCAGCUGUGCUCUUCCGCUCAAGGCGUCCUGUUUCGCCUGUUCAAACACACAGAUACUGUACACCGUUUCCAGACAAAGCAAACCUGCCAUUUCCACACAUCAGAGACAAGCACUGCUUUAUACUCAGUGCUUCAGCACAUGGCAGUGUGUCAAGUCGAU